AUGGAAAAGCUCAUCGUCAUUUCGGCAAUUGUCGCCUCCUGCUUGGCCGGAGAAUUGGAAUUAGGCGGUCACGGAUUGACUCUAGGGGAGAUCGACGUGGGUCACGGUGGCGGAGAUCUCGAUUUGAUCGACCUAGGGUCAGAAGGUCACGAGAUUAGCUUCGGAGGAUACGCCGGGGGACAUCUGGGAGGGGGACAUCUAGGAGAAGAAUACCUGGGUGGAGGGCAUGGAGGAGGAGGAGGAGGACACUUUAUACCCGUUGUGAAAUCAAUCGGGAUACCGGUGGUGAAGAAGGUUCCAUUGCUGGUGCCUACUCCGCAAGUCCAAGGUGUUCCACAAUCGUAUCCAGUUCCGGUGAUCGUCCCGAAACCAGUUCCUUACCAGGUGGAGAGGCAAGUGUUCACCAAGGUGGAGAAGAAAGUGCCAACGCCUAUCGAGAAGAUCAUUCCCGUGAAAAUUGUGAAGCCAGUCCCGUUCCAAGUGGUGAAGCAUAUACCUGUGCCUGUGUCGAAGCCUAUUCCAAUCAAGAUCCCGGUGUACAAAACGGUGGUGCACAGCGCGAAAGGGCAUUAG